UCCAGGGGGUCUUAAAUCGUAAUAUGGCUGGAAAUGCAGUUCGAAGCUUAUAUAGGUUGUAUGUAGGAAAUCUACCGUGGACCGUGGGGCAUAACGAGCUGAAAAAAUACUUCAGCAAAUUUGGUCACGUUAACGGCGCCACCGUCGUAUUCGACAAGAAAACGGGUUUGAGCAAGUACUACGGUUUCGUUACUUUCAGCCACCGGGACGGUUUCGAAAACGCUACCUUUCAGUCUGCGCAUAAACUCGAAGGCAACUCUCUCAAGGUUGAGAACACUAACUCUUAAAAUGGCGAAGU